AUGCUGAAUACACUCGAACCUAAGUCACCUAACAAUACCGCUACUGACGAAGAUUGGGCUGUUAUCUCCUCGUGCUCUGAGAUCGAGGAGGAAUGUGCAUCCCCCGCAAAUGAGACUAAUACUCUUGAUGACUCAGUUGCCACUCAAUUGCAAAUGAGUGAGGACAAACUUGGAGAGAGUUCCGUCGCUUAUUCCAUUCUUAAACUUCCAGAAAUUAAAACUGAUGGUCUGUAUCUCCAUAAUAGUGACGAGAAUUGUGAGCCACCUAUGUCGCCACCUAAAGAAGAUAUUUCAAACAAGAAGGAACCCUUCCCGGGAUCUCCAGUUACACCAAGUUCUCCAAUUUCAGCCAAUCCUAGUGAUAUAAAAUCUAUUUCAAGUAUUAACCUGGUGGCUCCUGAAAUAGGUGAAAAAAUCAGCUUUUUUGAAAACUUAUCUAGGUUCAAUCCAUUGAUAAGCCAAAAAUCCGAUGAUUUCAAUGCAAAUUAUGCUGAGGAGAAAAUGGAAAGGAUAAAGACCUAUAUAUCAGAUCAACAUGAGCAAUUAAAGGAAACUCCUACAGACGAAAACGCCACUUCUCUGGCUAAUGAAACUCCGUCAGAACAUUACGUAUAUGCCAUAUCGGAUGAUUCCAAAACCACUCCAUCCGUGACCCCUAUCUCAUCACGUCCUCAAAAAGUUAUGAAACGAAAGAAGGUAUUGAUUGAAUGUCUCGAACAAUUAGAGUUAUUUUUAGAAAGGAACUCUGAUUUUCUUUAUUAUUACUUGUUUGGUUUCGUGGUUAGUAUUAUUGCAUUAGGAUAUGGUUUGAACUAUUAUCUUUAUACCAAAGCAGAGCAAGCUCCCACCACAUCUUUAGACUUAUUAUCACAAUUCUGGGACAAUAUGUUGUAUGAGAAGCAGGCUUCCAAUAGGGGACUUUUUCUGUUUGCGAAGGCUGAAACAAAGGUAAGUAGGUUAAAUAAGUUGUCUCAUAUGUUUGAACAAAGAGUAGAGAUUUACGGUGCUAGCUUUGCGAAUAAAGCGCCUGUGCUUCAAAGGUUUGUAACUAAGAAAUUUUUGGAUUUCAAAGACUUAGGUCAAAUUGGAAUUUCAAGGCUAGAUGCGAUGGGAAAGCAGGCAUUGAAAGCUUACAGCAGGAUAGAAAAUAUAAACAUAGGAAAAUUCUCGAAAGUUGGAUAUACUGCAAUUGGAAGCUAUUUCGCAACUGGUUGGGAUAAAUUGGAUAAGUAUUCCAGAUUAGGAUUGAAUAGUUCAGACAAGUACAGUAGGUUAGGUUGGAAUAACAUGAGCAAAUAUUGUACAAUAGGUUGGAAUAAUUUAAAUAUAUAUGGAAUAAAGGGUUUGAAUAACUUGGAAAAGUAUGGUAAAAACAGUUGGGGUAACGUGGAUAGGUACGCUAAACUUGGUUGGGAGAAUGUGGAUAGGUACGGCAAGCUUGGCUGGCAUUCCUUGAAUAAAUAUGGCAAACAUGGGGUAUCGGAUUUGGAUAAAUAUAGUAGAAUGGGUUUAAAGGGUUUAGGGUCAUUUGGCCAGGCAAGUAUGUCUACAGUUGAAGAAGUGACAUCUUCAGGUAUGAAGGCUGCAAAGAAAUAUGGAUAUUUAGGACUUGCUUACGCCACCAUUGGUGCUGAGAGGAUUCUUGAUUCUUCAAGGCAACAUUUGUUCUCAAGAAUUUUCGGAAACAGUUGA